AUGCGGCAGUGGCUGCGGCGCCGCGCACCUCGGAACUGGCAGUGUCCCGCACCGGCCGGUGCAGCGCGCCCUGUGCUCCGAUGGCAGCAGGCGUCGCUGCGAGGCACCGCCUACCAGUCGGGCCCACUGAGCCGCCUGGCCGCGGCCGUGGCGGGACGCCUCGCCGGCGGUCCUCCGAAGCAGAGCCGCCCCCCGCCCCGAGCGCAGACCGCGGUGGCUUCCGCCGCCCGAGACGCGGGCCGAGGGGCGCAGGGGCACGCGUACACGCCGGUGUCCCCGUGGCGCGAGGCGCACGCCGCAGCCUCUGCCGGCCGCCUCGGUGCCCUCCCGGCGGGGGCGCUGGCCGCCGCCCGCGAGGGCCCUGCGGCCCUGCACGCGCACCUGGCGGCGGCGGGGCGGCUGGAGGCAGACCCAGCGCAGGCCCACGCGCUGCAGUGCCUGUCAGAGCUGUUCGCGCGGCUGCAGCACCCAGGGCCCACGGGCUCACAGGGGCGGGGCGGCCGCGGCGGCGGCCUCUACGUGCACGGCAGCGUCGGUGCCGGGAAGACGUUGCUGCUGGACCUUUUCCUUGCUUGCGUGCGUGCCGGCGUCCCCAGCCUGAGGGCGUGCCGGACCCACGUGCACGAUUUCCUGCAGGCCACGCACGCCGAGCUACACAGAGCCAGGCACCUCGGCUCCUGCACCCUGGAUGUGCCUUCGCCCACUCUGGCCACGUCCGUGGCGUCGGCGGCGGUGGCCGAAGACACCUCGCUGAGUCCGUUCUUGGUGCUGCCUGAGCGCUGGUGGCUGCUGGGCGAACAGGACGACGUGGGGCGCCGGCGCACGGGCAUGGCUGCGGCGUGGGUGCACCGCUCGCGGCAGGGCGCGGAGCCGACGUCGGUUGAGCUGAUGGGGCAUGCUUUGGCCAGCAGGAUCGACGUGCUCUGCUUCGACGAGGUGGCCAUCACAACCAUCCAGGACUGCGUGGUGCUGGCGCCGCUGCUGCGCGCGUUGUGCGAGCGAGGCGUCGUGGUCGUGGCGACCUCGAAUCGGGCGCCAGAGGACCUAUACUCCGGGGGGCUCAAUCGCCAUGUUCACGUGCCGCGCCUGGUGCAGGCCAUCCGUGAGCACUGCGACGUGCACCACGUGGACUCUCAGACAGACCACAGGGCACGCCUGGCCCACGCCGCGCCCGCCGGGUGGGCCUCCCCGUUCCUGUGGCGCUGCCCGCCGGGCUCGCUGGAGGGCACGCGCUUCCUGGACGAGCGGGCCCUCGGCACCGGCGGCGCGCUGGCGCUGGCGCUCAGAGGCGCGAGGCUGGCCUACGGCAGGUCGAUCCACGCUCUGCAGUCCACUUGUGGCACCCAAGCCCGCUUCGCAUUCCAGGAUCUCUGCUGUGCGCCUCUGAGCGCCGACGACUUUUCAGCGAUCUGCGGCCAAUUCAGCUCCAUCCAGGUGGCCGACGUGCCCCGCCUGCGUGGCGGAGAGCACAGCGAGAUCCAGCGGUGGAUUUGGCUGCUGGACCACUGCUACGAGCGGCACUGCCACCUGGUGCUCACUUCCGCCGCAGACGGCCCGGAGGAUCUCGUGGACCUGCGGGCGGUGUCGCAGGUGGUCUUCUGAACAUCUGGAGCGACCCUUCGUCUGGGUGGCCUUUGGUGCGCGGGUUCCAGGGGACGCUGGGCGAACUGAAGCACGCAGGCCGCUGUGGCCUUCGCGGUGGCCCGCGCGACUUCCCGGCUGCUGGAAAUGCAGACCGCCUCGUUCCGCGACGCGUGCGCCGAGAGGCACGCGACGCGUGCGCCAGGAGAGAA